AUGACCAACGCUCUUGACGCCCUCAAAGCUACCGGUACCGUCGUCGUAUCUGACACUGGAGACUUCGGUUCCAUCGACGCUUUCAAGCCCCAAGAUGCUACCACCAACCCUUCAUUGAUUCUCGCCGCCACCAAGCUCGAGAAAUACGCUAAGCUCAUCGACCCUGCUGUCGAGUACGCUAAGAAGAAGGGAGGUGAGCUCGAAGUCCAAGCCGAGAACGCCCUUGAUCGACUCCUCGUCGAAUUCGGUUCCGAGAUCCUCAAGAUCAUCCCCGGUAGAGUCUCAACCGAAGUUGAUGCUAAAUUCUCUUUCGACACCCAAGCCACUAUCAACAAAGCCCACCAAAUCAUCGAUCUCUACAAGGAGCAAGGUAUCUCCAAGGACAGAGUCUUGAUCAAGAUUGCUUCCACUUAUGAAGGUAUUCAAGCCGCCAAGAAGCUCGAGGAGGAAGGUAUCCACUGUAACUUGACUCUCCUCUUCGGUUUCGGCCAAGCUGUCGCCUGUGCUGAGGCUGGUGUCACCCUCAUCUCGCCCUUCGUUGGCCGAAUCCUCGAUUGGUACAAGAAGGCCAACCCCGACACCAACUACACCGCUGACACCGACCCUGGAGUCAAGUCCGUCCAAAAGAUUUUCAACUACUACAAGCAACACGGAUACAAGACCAUCGUCAUGGGUGCUUCUUUCAGAAACAUUGGUGAAAUCACUGCUCUUGCCGGUUGUGAUUACUUGACCAUCGCUCCUAAACUCUUAGACGAAUUGGCCAAAUCCAACGACGCCGUCCCCAAGAAGCUCGAUGCCAAAGAUGCCGACUCCGCUCCUAUCGACAAGGUCUCAUACCUUGACGACGAAGCUAAAUUCAGAUGGGCCUUGUUCGAAGACCAAAUGGCUUUCGAGAAGCUCCACGAAGGUAUCAGAGGAUUCGCCAAGGAUGGUCAAACCCUCAAAGACCUCCUUAAAGCUAAACUCCAAUAA